CGGCCCCAGCCCCGAGGCGUCCCCGAGACCCGCGGCGCACGGCGACAUGGCUGGCGGCCACCGCCUCCUGCUGGAGAACGCGCAACAAGUGGUGCUCGUGUGCGCCCGCGGCGAGCGUUUCCUGGCGCGGGAUGCCCUGCGCAGCCUGGCGGUGCUGGAAGGGGCCAGCCUGGUGGUCGGCUCGGAUGGAGUUAUAAAAGCCAUUGGUCCUGCCGAUGCUAUCAGAAGACAGUUUUCUGAUGCAACCUUUGAAGAAAGAAUUGACUGUUCUGGGAAAUGCAUCUUGCCAGGGUUGGUGGAUGCACACACACAUCCAGUAUGGGCUGGCGAAAGAGUUCACGAGUUUGCAAUGAAGUUGGCAGGAGCCACGUACAUGGAGAUCCACCAGGCUGGUGGUGGCAUCAACUUCACGGUGGAGCGCACACGACAGGCAUCGGAGGAGGAGCUGUUCGGCACCUUCCAGCAGCGCCUGGGAUGCAUGCUGAGCGCCGGCACCACGCUGGUGGAGUGCAAGAGCGGCUACGGCCUCAACCUGGACACUGAGCUCAAGAUGCUGCGCGUGAUUGAGCGUGCCCGGCGCCAGCUGGACAUCGGCAUCUCGUCCACCUACUGCGGGGCGCAUUCAGUGCCAAAAGGAAAAACUGCCACUGAAGCUGCUGAUGACAUAGUCCAUAACCAUCUCCCAAAGCUGAAGGAACUUAGCCGAAAAGGGGAGCUACACGUGGACAAUAUAGACGUGUUCUGCGAAAAGGGCGUCUUUGAUCUCGAUUCCACUAGGCGGAUUCUUCAAACUGGAAAAGAGAUGGGACUGCAGAUCAAUUUCCAUGGGGAUGAACUCCACCCGAUGAAGGCUGCUGAGCUCGGGGCUGAACUGGGAGCUCAGGCCAUAAGUCACCUGGAAGAAGUGAGUGACGAAGGCAUCGCUGCCAUGGCAAGAGCUCAGUGCUCCGCCGUCCUUCUGCCCACUACGGCCUACAUGCUGAGACUCACACAACCUCGAGCGAGGAAAAUGUUGGAUGAAGGUGUGAUUGUGGCUCUGGGCAGUGAUUUCAACCCUAAUGCUUAUUGCUUUUCAAUGCCCAUGGUGAUGCACCUGGCCUGUGUGAACAUGAAAAUGUCCAUGCCUGAAGCCUUGGCUGCUGCCACCAUCAAUGCAGCUUACGCACUGGGGAAGUCGCACACACAUGGAUCUCUGGAAGUUGGCAAGCAGGGAGAUCUCAUUAUCAUCAAUGCAUCUAGAUGGGAGCAUCUGAUUUACCAGUUUGGAGGCCAUCACCAAUUAAUUGAAUAUGUUAUAAUUAAAGGAAAAAUCGCUUAUAAAAAGUGAUCAAGAUAUGAAAGGAAAGAGAAGACCCUUUGACUACAUAAAAGUUAUAUUAAAAAUGAAAAUAGCUUAGCAGUUUCUCAGAAUGAUGUCACUCAUACACAAAUAUUUCAGUGUUGUAUUACCCUGCUUGAAAAACUAUAUGCACUUGGAUAUGUAAACUGAUAAAACAAUUGUGAUGCAAUUCUCAAAAUAUUAAAAUUUUCCACAAAUAUUUGAUACAAAUGUUCUGAAAAUCACUAUGAUGGGGCAAUUCUAAAGGACCUUGGUGAGGAAAGCAAUUAGAUGUGGCUUAGAGUUUCCAAUUUAUUGCUGCUUUUCAAAAAAUUUUAAAAGCAUUUUAGUAGAAUUUUAGUAAAAAUUGAGGGAGGGGCCAUCUGAGCAAUAGGCCACCAAGAAAGCUACCAUGUAGCUUCUGUAUAAGAAAACUAGCUUUUCCUUUCCCCAAGUUUGACUUUCUAGACAUUCUUUGAAUGCAUGAGGGAGCUGGGAUGGAGCAUGUCUCAAUUCUGUCCUGACCACAGAGGUCACUGCAAAGUCCCAGCUCUAGCCAUUUCAGCCAGGGUCUGCGGGCACUUCCUGUAUGUAUGUUCUCCAAAUUCCAGGACUUUUUUUUUUUUCUUUUAAAAGAAAGUUGUGACCCAAAAAGCAAAAAAAAAAUUUUUUUUAAUUUAAAAACAUAAAAGAAAGUUGUUUGUUUUUGAUUCCCUGUAAGUAUACUAAUAAGCCCACUUUAUAGCUCUUGGUAAAUAUUUGCUCUCUCUAUUGUUGCUCCUUAGCCCAGAGAGUGGCACUGGGUCUAUUAGCGCAUUUGAGCAAGUGGAUAAGUAACAGAAUUAUUCAUACAGGAAGAAUGACUGGAGGUCAGGGAUGUGAUUCAAGGACAGAUGCGUGAUAUGCAGAAGGCUCUGGGUUUUACUACCCCAAAAAAGGAGUGAAUGCUUGUUUAUGUAAAUUCAUUUUUCUAGAGCCAUGUGAGUUUACUUGAAACAUAUGUGAACAUUUUAAAGAUCUUCAUCACCAUCAACUUUGUCCCAUUUAUGAAAAAGAGACUUGAGAAAUAAACAGAACUAUCAACGUGUCACCAGUUUCACGUGAAUGAGGUCUAAAUCAAUGAGACUGCACUGUAUUUGGAAUAAA